AAAAAACCAAGUGUAGUGUGAAACCCUUCCCCUAAGGUCCCUUUUACGAAAAUGGGAAAGCAUGAAGGCUACGCACUUUUCUCCUCUACAGUACUUCAGAGAUUUGUUGGCCUUAAUAGAGGCUUCACGGAAAUCAACCAAAAAUCUUAGAUGGGUUUGUGUCCGAGGAUUUGGGUUUGAAGAGAUGCCAUGAACUACAAUGUUUUCAGGCAGAGAUGGCUAUCCACUUCCACUCAUAACCAUGAUACCGUUAGCCCCUGGAUUGGAAUUGGGGACUCUGUAGCCGCAAAAUUAGCACAGAUCAAGGAAAAAUCAGAUAUCGAUACUAUUUCCUUUCAACGGCUUCUGAAGUCUUCGAAUGUACCUCCACACAUAGCAAGAGAAUACAGGAGACGAAACCGUUUGACAGGCCAGGAUGUGGCCAGGCUGCUUCCACUGUUUCAGAGCAAUACAACCCAUCUUUCUCAAUUGGAGGAGGAGGCACAGCUGGCAUCUUCCUUCUUUAAUUUAGCUGCCCGUCAGAAAGGAUAUGAUGGGCAUCCCCCUCAGACAUACAGGGUCCUCUUCUCUAUGCUAGCUCGUGCACGCCUAUUCAAACAGGCAGAGGCUUUGCUGGACGCUGACGUGGACGGUGCCCUUCAUGAUCUCCUCAUUCAGGAAUACAUUCGAGCAGGUGACGUGGACGGCGCCAUUCUCACGCAUAAGAAAUCAGCGCCUGUACUUUCUAUUUCCUCUUACAAUGCCUUGCUGAAAUGUUUGAGACCGACUCAAUUGACCCUCCAAGUGUACAGAGAUAUGAAGAUUCAUAAGUGGGCCGAUGCAGACGUCGACAGUGUGGGUGUUGUAAUUGAAGCUUAUCGCAAACAAGGGAAAAUGCAGGAGGCCCAAGAACUUUUUGUUAAAAUGGUUGAAUCAGAGGCUAUGAAACUCAUGUCCUAUAUGUGUCAACAAGGCCAUACCCCUCAUGUUUCUGUCUUCAAUAAGCUGAUUUCUGCUCAGUGUAGGGAUGAAGGCUUGGAGAAGGCUUGCCAAUGUCUACAUGAGAUGACCCAAUUGGGCUGUGUUCCUGAUACUAUCACUUUCAGUAUUCUCAUCAGUUGGCAUUGUAGGCAAGGCAGGCUCAAGGAAGCCUUCAAUUUUAUGAGCCAACUUUUUGAACAAGGGCUUAAGCCUGAUAUUAUUUGCUACAAUGCCAUCAUCAGUGCUCUCUGCAAGAAAGGCAUGUCAGUAGAGGCAAAGGAAGUCCUGUAUGAUAUGUUGGACAGAGACAUUGUGCCGAGUAUCUUUACUUAUAGGAUACUCCUUGCUGGGUACUUCAAAGAGCGAAAUUUGGAUGAAGCUAAGAAGCUUUUGGAGGAGAUGAUGAAGAAUGGACGGACUCUUUCAUCCGAUGUUAUUGAUAUUCUAAUAAGGGGUUUCUAUGUGUCUGGUCUCCAGCAUGUUGGCGUGAAGUUGGAGAAAGAUGACCAAACAGGUCUAAUUAAGGUAGUAAGUUAUAACACUUUAGGUGGUUUGUGCGCAGAGGGACAGGACGAUAAGUCUGAAGAGGUCCUAGCUGAAAUUAUCGAUGGAGGUAUGUUUCCUGAUUUUAAUAUGCUCAUACAGCAACAGUGCAGUAAGGGCAACACAGCAGAAGCCAUCAAACUUAAGAGUGAAAUGAUGCAGAGGGGUCACAUGCCUUCUCUAUUUGCUUAUACGGAAAUAAUAAAAGGCCUUUGCAUUGGACUUGAAGUUAAAAAGGCGCUUUUGCUAAUGGAUGAAAUGUUUGAUUUAGGUUUUCAAAUUGAUGCGGCUACUUACAAUGUGCUUAUAGCCGCUCUGUGCAAGAAAAAAAUGGCUACAAAUGCAGUGUCAUUUUUGGAGAAAAUGUUACAGAAGGGGACUGUUAUUGAUAAUGAAACAUACAGUAGAAUUUUGAUAGGUUUAUGCGAGGAAAGAAAAGUAUCUCAAGCUUUGGCAUUAUCGCAUUUUGCACUGGACAAUGGAUGGAUUCCUAGAUGUAAUGUGUACAGAAAACUGAUUGGUAGCCUUUGCAAGGAAAGCAUGGUGCAUGAGGCAUUGAGAUUGACAGAUUAUUUUCUUAAGAAGAAUUGCAUUUCAAAUAUAUUUAUAUGCAACACGUUUAUUAUCGAGGCAUGCAACACAGGAAACGCACAUGUUGGAUCCAUGCUGAUGAAAGAAAUGUUGGAUAGAAAUCUGGAACCUGAUUGCACCUGUUACAAUCAUCUCACUAAAGGGUAUUGCGUGGAAGGGCAAGUGGCCGAAGCAUUGGACCUUCUAGAUGUAAUGUUUUUAAAGGGUCUCCCUUCCUAUUCCAAUACUUACAAAUUGUUAGUCCCUGUCUUGUGUAGGCAGGGGAAAGUGAAUGAUGCUUUCAGAUUAAGAGACGAAAUGCUAAAAAGUGGAUGUGCCUCUGGCAUUGUUGCCUACAAUACUCUUAUUUUUGAAUUUUGCCAUAUAGGGAAGGCACAAGAAGCAACAUUUUUAUUAAAAGAAAUGGGAACUAGAGGCGUUUUUGCUAGAGAUGAUACAUAUGAUGCUCUGAUUCAGGGACAUUGCAAGGAAAACAAUUUAUCCAAGGCCAUGGAACUUUUCCAUGAAAUGUCAAGUCAGGGUUUCAGUCCUUGUCUUCUGACAUAUGAAAAAGUGACGAAGGGGCUUUGCUCUGAAGGUAGGCUAAAGGAGGCUAUAAUGCUGGUUCAUAAGACUCUAAGCAAAGGAUGGUUUCCAGGUACGACAAGUUACAAUGUUUUGGUCAGUUCUCUCUGCCUGGUAGGCAGGACGUGGCUUGCACACAAAAUUUUAGUUGAAAUGCAGAAGAAAGGGUUUUCCUGGAAUGGUACUACUUACAGCAUUAUAAUUUCAGUGCACUUGGAAGAUAGAAAUGCUCUUAGAGCUUCAGAACUUUUCAAUUCAUUGCUGAUGAAGGGUUUUAGCCUAAGCAAUGACAUUUGCAGCAAAUUCAUAAACUGUCUUUGUAGUAUUGGUCUUGUCCAAGAGGCUCUAAAUCUGUACAUGCUAAUGAUGAAAAAAGGUCACGUGCCAGAUGGAGCUUUUGAUGGCCUCAUCAAAAGGCUUUGCAAUGCAGGGUGGAUAAAAGAAGCAGAAAAUGUGCUGCAAGAAAUGUCUGAAGGGGGUUUCAUUCUAGAUACUGUCAAUUGUAAUAUUUUAGUUCGUAAGUAUUGUUUAAAUAAGAGCUUCAAAAAAAUAGAUAGUCUCUUUGACAUGAUAUUGAAGAAGGGUGGUGCACCUACCGAUGUUAGCUACAAUUUGGUAAUAUGUGCAUAUUGUGGAGAAAACUCACUGGAUAAAGCUCUUGAUUUGCUUGUAGAAAUGCUGGACAAGAACCUACUGCCAAGCGUUGAUUCCUAUAAUGCACUUAUUUGUGGCCUUUGUAAAUAUAGGAGAACAGUAGAAGCAGUUAAGCUUUAUAAUAAAAUGUUGGAAACUGGCCUCACACCAAGUAACGCUACUUAUAGUGCCUUGAUUGAUAUAUAUUGUAAGGAGCAUAAGACAGAAGAAGCAUCUAACAUCUUGAGUGAUAUGCAGAAAAAGGGUUAUGUCCCAGAUUUUACCACCUACUGGGCUCUUAUAAGUGGUCUUAGUAACAAUGGAGAAAAUUCUAAAUCAAACAAAACUGGUUUUUUUAGCCUGGUCUCUAGCAGUCCACCUUAUGAUAAGAAGUCCAGAAGUCAAGAUGUUAAACCGGUUUUGAGAAAAUUAUCCUGAAGACCUGUAAGGGCAUUCUGUUCAUUGAGCGAUUUAAAGUAAAUCCUUAUACACUGCAACAUUUUACUGCAUCACUGAGCUGACUCUUAGGUUAAAGGUUAUAAACUGGUCAGAUUGAAAUAUUGUGUCUGUAUCAAGUUCGUAAUGUAACUGUCUAACCAACAGUUCAUGUAAUGAUGAAAUUAAGCGACUUCUGCACAAACAGAACAUGAACAGGAGGGUCGUGCUGAUGAAAAUUUGUAAUGAAGAUCAGCAACCGGUGACUCUUGAUAGGAUACGACAUAUAAGGUUCUAUCUUAUAAGUUCCUUAGAAGCAAACACGUAUGCUAGUAGAAGCUUAUGAUUGAGGAUCCCACUCACUUGUUUUGCAGAUAAAUCCUAUGAAAAAUGAUAUAGGAUUGUGCUGGAAAGGGCAUUGAUGGUCAUUCCUGAACCGUUACCUAUAUUGGGGCAAGUAGGAAAAAUAUUUCAGUGCUUCAUUUGUCUGAUAUAGAAUGACUGCUUCUUAGGAUAUUUUGAUAAAGAGCAAAGACACUUCUAGUACUCGCCUGGUAUCUUGGUUCAUGAGUACUCAGCGAGUUUUGCAACACUGGCAUCACCAAUAAUGCUCAGUCUAAAUGUUUGGAAAUCCAUUAUGGAAUAUGGAUUGAAGUAAACAUCACUGCUUCAAUCCAUGAAGCCAGGAAAGAAACUCACCAGUUAAAUCUUUAAUUGCUUGGACUGAACAUUUAAGGUUGAACUGUGCAAAUGUUUUUUGUCAUUCUAGAUUGAAACACCAUGUUAAGUUGCCAUGUAUCAGAAAGCAUAUUCCUUGUCAUCUCUGGUAAGAGCUUCAAGUUAGAUUAAAAAUUGUAGCUAACCCAGUUUUCAUUUACAUUGAGGAAUUCCUCUGUAAAUAAAUUCAUUGAUGUCGACAACGAACAUCUUUAAGAUGUCUUAGUAAAUUUUGUUAACUGAACUUAUUGAAUCAACUCUUUCUUUUCAGGU